AUACCUUGCGCCGCAACCAGCGUGUCAUUUACUCGCAACUCAAACGAAGUUGUGAUUGUCAGGCUCCAUCAAUAACACAAUUUUAGCCAUGGUCACUGACACCCAAGAAACAGUGCCAGUCGCGGCUCCUGAUGAGACUGCCACAGAGCCCAAAAAGAAAGCUUCUUCCGGUAAGGUAAAAGCAGCGGCGCCUGGAACACCAGCUAAAAAGAAGAAGUCUGGCAAAAAGAAGAAUCAACCUGGAAAAUACAGUAUGCUCGUGAUCGACAUUAUCCGUAAACUGGCCGAGAGGAAUGGCUCCUCACUGGUCAAGAUCUACAACGAAGCCAAAAAAGUGAGCUGGUUCGACCAGCAAAACGGCCGCACCUACUUGCGGUACUCCAUCAAAGCGCUGCUGCUGAACGACUCUCUGAUUCAAGUGAAAGGUACCGGAGCCAACGGCUCCUUCAAAAUCAACAAGAAGAAGUUCGAGAAAUCGGGCGACAAGAAGAGCGCAUCUAAAAGUCCAAAGGCCCCCGCGGCUGCCAGGAAAGCCAAAAAGCCAUCGGAGAAGAAAGCCAAGGCAAAGGCCAGUCCGAAGAAGAAGAAGAAGCCCGACGCGCCUGCAGGAGCCCCCAAGAAAGCGGCAGUCAAGCCAAAGAAAGCAGCCAAGAAGCCCACCGCUGCCAAGAAGGUGAAGCCGAAGAAGGUCACCAAGCCGUCCGUGCCCAAAGUGCCCAAAGCCAAGAAGGCGCCCAAGGAGUCAAAGUAGAAAACAUGGACUUGAGCAGAUUUUUAUUUUUUUUUACGACUUUUGUGUCAAUAGCCAUUAACAUGGCAAUGUCUUUAAUUACCAUUCAAUAUAUUUUAUAGCAGAAGACGUUUAUUUUGCGCGCGUUUGCUUUUUUUUUUUUUUUUUUGGUGAAAGUUUCGUGACUUUUGUCUUGUAAGAUAGGGGUAAAUUACCUUACUUAUUGACUUAUUCGGUAACACACCAUAGAGCUGAUGUCAUGAUUAGACUGUAUUGCUUUUUGAUUUUCGUUUCUUUCUGCGGUCAACGCCCAGCUGAGUAUGUUGGAUUCAAAGUUCUUAAAUGCAUAUGUUAUUUAAUUGGGAAAAGUUUAUAGUACCCCGGUAAAUUCAAUAAUAUGUGUUAACUUAAAAUGUGGCGGGACCAUAAGAACGUUUUUUUAAAAAUACUGAAACCCACUUUAUAUACCAUGUGUAAGUCCUGCUGUGCUCUUUCCAGUCUCUGCGAUUAUGGCUUACGUGUGCAUUAAAGUGUUAUUAAAACUUAAA